AUGGAUAAAGAUAUGGAUGAUCGGCUAGAAGAUAUGAUUUGUGAUAUUGGAGAACCGCCUUAUAUGAAAGCCCAUAUUUAUGAUACUUUAUACAUAGACAAAGAUGCACCUUUAUAUAUGGGAUGCACCAGCAGUAGGUGGUGGUCGAAUAAAAGUUUCAUAGAAUUGCUUGAUUUGUUGAAACAAAUGCUUCCAGAAGAUAAUAAUUUGUCGGAUCAUUGUUAUGAGACCAAGAAGAUAUUGUGUCCAAUGGGUUUGGAGUAUGUCAAAAUACAUGCAUUCCCUAAUGAUUGCAUAUUAUACAUGAAAGAGUAUGGAAAUUUGGAUAAAUGUCCAGAAUGUGGCGAGUCACACUACAAGUUGAAGAGCAAUAAUGGUGAUGACCAUGAUAAUGUUAAAGAGACUUUUGCUAAUGUGAAUGACGCAAAGAAUAUUAGAUGGCAUGCACAUGAAAGAAAAUAUGAUGGAAACAUUCGCCAUGUAGUUGAUUCUUUGCAAUGGAAGAAAAUUGAUUCAUUGUUUCAGAAUUUUGGCCUUGAGCCAAGAAACCUUAGGCCCGGGCUUGCCACAGAUGGAAUGAACCCCUUUGGUAAUCUGAGUACUAACCAUUCUUCAUGGCCCGAUAAAGGUGUUGACAUUGGUGAUGCAUAUUCUGGUGAAAAAUUUAAGAUGCGCGCAAUGUUAUUUUGCGCAAUCAACGACUUUCCUGCAUAUGGUAAUUUCGCUGGAUAUAGUAAGGCUUUUAACGGAGAUCAUGGGUUUGAAAGCGAUCCUAAACCUUUAAAUGGAGAUGAAUUUUAUCAACGACAAGAACACCUUAAUGUUGUCUUUGGAAAGAAUAAAAACGGUCUCGUAAAUAGAAAUAUUUGUAAAAAGAGAUCGGUGUUCUUCGACCUUCCAUAUUGGUAUAAACUCAAUGUAAGAUAUUGUCUUGAUGUGAUGCAUGUGGAGAAAAAUGUGUGUGAUAGUUUGAUAGGAACACUUCUAAACAUUCUAGGCAAGAAUAAAGAUAAUAAGAAUUCCCGUUUAGAUAUGGUGAAGAUGGGUAUGCAACAACAGUUGGCUCCAAAAGAUAGAGGAAAAAGAUCUUAUUUGCCUCCGGCAUGUCACACUCUAUCUAAGAAGGAAAAGAAAAGGUUAUUCGAGUGUUUGCAUGGUAUCAAAGUUUACCAAGAUGAAUUAGAAGAGGAGGCUGCAAUAAUAUUGUGUCAAUUGGAGAUGUAUUUUCCUCCAUCAUCUUUUGACACUAUGGUUCAUUUACUUGUUCAUCUAGUCAGAAAAGUCAGAUUUUGUGAUCCAGUUUAUUUAAGGUGGAUGUAUCUUAUAGAGCAAUACAUGAAGAUCUUUAAAGGAUAUACGAAGAAUCAUCACCGACCGGAAGCCUCAAUCUUUGAACGGUACAUUACAAAAGAAGCUCUUGAAUUUUGUUCAAACUAUUUAUUAGAAACAAAGUAUAUUGAAAUUUCAAAGUCUCGCCAUGCCGAUAGAUUUGAAGGUAGAUGUACUCAAGGUUUAAAUGUUAAGUCAAUGAAUCGGGAUGUAGUACUUGAAGCACAUUUCUAUAUAUUGAAUAAUCUUAGUGUAGUUUAA